GGCCACGGGCGGCCGCAAGGACGGGGCUCCUCAGCGCCCUUCGCCAGCGGCCGCCGCCCCCUCACCCCCCCGUGCUCACCGCGCUGCGAUCCCACCCUUCCCCCGCGGCCGCCCUCUCCGUCCCUCAGCCUGGUGUGCGUACUGGAGAUGCGAAAAUCAUGUAGCAGAAUCCUUUGAGCAGUUGUGAAUUAUCAGUUUCUCCCAAGAGCAAUAUAAAGUGAAGAAUGAAGGCGACUGGAUUUAUUUCCCUGUGGACAUUGGUUUCAUUGCCUUGUGGCCAGUUAGCAAAUCCUGCAGAACAUGAAGAUGUAGUAAAGCAUGCAAUAAAGCUGCACCGUGGAAAAGGAGCUGUUAUCACUCAGAGGAAGCAGUGGGUGUUGGAAAGUUGCAGAAAACUGUCUGGUCUUCUUCGCCAAAAGAACGUUGUUCUCAACAAACUAAAAAAUGCCAUAAGAGCAGUUGAGAAGGAUGUAGGACUGUCUGAUGAAGAGAAACUUUUUCAGGUGCAUACCUUUGAAAUUUUCCAAAAGGAGCUAAAUGAAAGUGAAAACUCCGUCUUUCAGGCAAUCCAUGGCCUCCAGAGAGCUCUACAGGGGGAUUACAAAGAUGUUGUAAAUAUGAAAGAAAGCAGUAGACAGAGGCUGGAAGCCUUGAGAGAAGCUGCAAUUAAGGAAGAAAUGGAAUAUGUCGAACUCUUAGCAGCAGAAAAACACCAAGUUGAAGCCCUUAAGAACAUGCAGCAUCAAAACAAAAGCCUGUCAAUGCUUGAUGAAAUUCUGGAAGAUGUCAGGAAGGCAGCUGAUAGAUUGGAAGAGGAAAUAGAAGAGCAUGCCUUUGAUGACAACAAAUCUGUAAGAGGUGUAAACUUUGAAGCAGUUUUAAGGGUGGAAGAAGAUGAAACAAACUCCAAAAGAAAUGCUUCAAAAAGAGAAGUAGAGGAUGACUUAGGUCUCAGUAUGCUUAUUGAUUCCCAGAACAAUCAGUAUAUCCUUACCAAACCGAGGGAUUCAACCAUUCCUCGUGCUGAUCAUCAUUUCAUAAAGGAUAUUGUGACAAUAGGAAUGUUGUCUUUGCCAUGUGGCUGGCUGUGCACAACAAUAGGAUUGCCAACCAUGUUUGGAUAUAUCAUCUGUGGAGUACUCUUAGGACCCUCAGGACUAAACAGUAUCAAAUCUAUUGUACAGGUGGAGACAUUAGGAGAGUUUGGUGUGUUCUUCACUCUCUUUCUAGUUGGUCUGGAAUUUUCUCCUGAAAGACUAAGAAAGGUAUGGAAAAUAUCUUUGCAAGGACCUUGCUACAUGACAGUUCUGAUGAUUGCCUUUGGUUUACUGUGGGGGCACUUGCUCCAAAUUAGACCAACACAGAGCGUCUUCAUUUCCACUUGUUUAUCUUUAUCAAGCACACCACUGGUGUCAAGAUUCCUUGCAGGUAGUGUUCGAGGAGAUAAAGAAGGGGAUAUUGACUACAGCAGCGUUCUACUUGGCAUGUUGGUGAUGCAGGAUGUGCAGCUUGGUUUAUUUAUAGCUGUCAUGCCAACACUUAUUCAAGCAGGAGUGAGCACACAUUCCAGCAUUUUCAAGGAAAUACUGAGAAUACUGAUACUGAUUGGCCAAAUCCUCUUUUCUUUGGCCGCUGUUUUUCUUCUAUGUCUUGUUAUAAAGACUUAUCUCAUAGGACCGUAUUAUCGCAAGUUGCACGCAGAAAGCAAAGGGAAUAAAGAAAUCCUCAUUCUAGGAAUAACUGCAUUCACCUUCCUUAUGUUAACGAUCACAGAGCUGCUGGAUGUUUCAAUGGAGCUGGGAUGCUUCUUAGCCGGAGCUCUGAUCUCUUCUCAGGGUCACAUGGUUACUGAGGAGAUUAUGUGCUGUAUUGAACCAAUACGUGACUUUCUUGCCAUCAUUUUCUUUGCAUCUAUAGGACUUCAUGUUUUCCCCACAUUUGUAAUAUAUGAACUGACAGUUUUGCUAUUCCUUACAUUGUCUGUGGUCAUAAUGAAGAACCCCAAAAAACCUGUUUUUAAAGUUUGUCUUGGCAGUGCUUGUCCUUUCUCUGAUUCUUCCAAAGACCAGCCAGUAUAUCAAGUGGAUUGUCUCAGCAGGACUGGCACAAGUCAGCGAAUUCUCUUUUGUUCUGGGAAGUAGAGCACGCAGAGCAGGGAUCAUAUCUCGGGAGGUCUAUCUGCUUAUUCUGAGUGUAACUACUCUAAGCCUUCUACUUGCCCCUGCCCUGUGGAGAGCUGCGAUUAUGAAAUGUGUUCCGAGACCUGAAAGACGCUCAAGUACUUGAUUAGGAUUUGCACAUAUAGAAGAAUAUGUCUUCUUGCAAGGAAUAUCUUCAUUGCUCGUUGUAUUUCUAUGCAGUCGGGAAACAAGACAUUUUGAGCAGUCAGUCCUCUUAGCAAGCACUUGGUCAUGAGCCUUAUACUGAUCUAAAACAAAACAAAAUUCAACACUAAAAAAUAUUCGUCAUUUGAAUUGCACACCUUUUACAAAAUUUAUUUCUCUCUGACAGAUUGAAGUCUGCCAGAAUAUUUGUUUCCGAUCCAAUCUAUUAUUCAGAUCAUAAAUUAUUUUUUUAAAAUAUAACAUCAUGCAAACUGUGCUGAUUAUUUUUUGCCUGAAUGUGCCUUUUAAUUUUCAUCCUAUUAAUGCUGGUUCAUCACCAGAUUUUGUUUAAAAAGAAAAAAAAAUAUAUAUAUUAUGGUGCCUAUGGUAUCAUCUUUUAUUAAAUGACUUGAGUCAUUUUCACGUUUAGGAGUUUAAUAUAGCAGCAUAAAAUUAAUUACAAAACAAAUUUCUAAUGGUGAGUAAAAGAGUAGUCAUCUACAUAAAGAAAAGUUUUAACUGUUUAACGUCAAUUCCAAGCAGCCAAUUACAUAUUCCAAAUGAUGCAGCCAGUACUGUGUGAUACUUUAUUCCAAAAUGCAGCACAUAACGUAUUUUCUUACAGUGGUAAAUUUUGUGUUAGGUCUUGUAUUUAUUUACAUAAUUGAACUAAAAGUUGACAGUAAGAAAGGGCAUAACUUACAUUUGCAAACUGACAGCUGUCACCCAUUCUUGUUGCUAACUGCUGUUAAGUAAUGGUUUACAGGUUUUUUCCUUUGUUUUUCAAAAAUAAAUGUGGUAAAAACUGGGAAGUCUAAUUUUAAGCAGAUGUGAAAAAUCUCACUUCUGUAACUUUGGAGGUUGGAUGUUAUUUGACACUAUACUAGGUUUGAAAUUAUUUUAAGUAAAUUAAUUUGCAGAAAACUAGAAAUGGAAGGCUGAAUGCGUAUUUGCAACUCCACAACUUUAUAAGUUGCAUUUACAUUGAAUAAAUUCUUAGUCUUUUUAAAAUA